GACCGGGAAUGGCUGUGUGACAUAUGUAGUUCGGCAUAGCUGGAGACUGCGAAGCAGCGGCCAACUUUCCCCGCAUUUGGAAUCGCCUCUCACCGUGGCGUCUGUCUGGUGACAUACUGGUGGGAGAUCAAAUCAUCCCAAACCCAAAUUCUUGCUAUAAAACCGGGGGGGGGAGACUUCCAAAGCGAUUGCCCUAUUUGCUUUGCCUUGGACAAAUUUUCAGGCUUUCUCUCCAAAAUUCUGAUCUGGAGGUGCGUCUCCCUUCAGCUCCUUUUGGUGUCCCCUCCCCCCCCCACCAAAAAAGGAGAAAAAAAUAUCCCCCACUUUUCCUAGGCUGCCUUCAUUGUCGGUUCCUGUUCUUGCAUAUUAUAGCAUCGCCUUGCCUGAAUCUUGCUCUAGUGCGCGGCAGGUAACGUUUCCAGACGUGGGUGCGUGGGACUAGGGUGCUGCUGCUUGGGGCUGGGGGACGCGCGUGGGCUGGGCGGGCAGGUGCUGCUAGGGGCAUCCCUCUCGCGCGCGGCCGCCUUGGCUUUGUCUGGCCGGCCGCUGCUGCCCGGAGCUCUCGCUCUCACUUCGCAGGAAUGUUAAUUGCAAUCCAAACCCCGAUGAUGUCAGGGCAGAACUAUUUGGAAAACAAAGAGCGGGCAGCGAGGCAGGGGAAACUCGAAAUACUGCGCAGAUGGCAAUCUGCUGAGUGCGCUUCGGGCGAUCGCUCUCCAUUACAUGCAUUUGGGCUGGAAGGACGGCGACGGGUGGGGGCGCAGCGGGAUCCUGGCCUUGGCUGCAGCUGCUUAGGGAGACUUCUUGCAUUUUUUUCCACGGGAGCGGAGCGUAGAAUUUGUCGCAGAUCGUUAAGAUAAGGAAGCACGCAAAGAGGCUGGUGGCACUUAAGACGAGCAGUCUAGCAAAGCAGUGCCGGGGAAGCGUGCAUAGGAUUGCAGCCUAAGGCUAAAAGCUGUGCGUGCGCCCAUUCCUAGGAUUGAGCUCGGAUCAUUUGGCUGGGCCAUCGCUGUUAGAUUCCGGGGAUAGUAUCUUCUGUACCUUUGGAAAGCGCUUUUGGGCAGCCAGUUUAGCUGAGAAUGAGGACAGCUGAGGAUUCCUCUGGGACUGUCCUUCACCGCCUCAUCCAGGAGCAGCUGAGGUACGGCAACCUCACAGAGAACCGCACUCUCCUAGCAAUACAGCAGCAGGCCCUGCGUGGAGGAGGAAGUGGUGGCAGCCCGCGGUCCUCCCUCGAGAGCCUCACCCAGGAGGAGAGCCAGAUGGUCCAGCAGUCCACACGGCAGGAGCCACAGGGCCAGGAGCACCAUGGCGACCACUUCUACCUGGAGAAUAAUAUGUACCACCUCUACCAGCCUCAGCACAAGGGAGAGGAGCUACCCACCUACGAGGAGGCGAAAGCGCAUUCUCAGUAUUACGCCUCGCAACGAGGCGAGCAAGUUGGGGUUGCUGCGCUUGGGGCACACGCUGAAGGUGGGCAACGCAGGGCCUACAUCUCGGACGCCAGCAGCCCACACCAGGACGAGUCGCUGAAGGAGCUGAAGCACGGGCAUGUGAGGUCACUCAGUGAACGGCUCCUGCAGAUGUCGCUUGAGAGGAACGGAGCCAAAGCUCAGAACCACAUGAGCUCCUCUCACAGCUACCCUCAGCUCUCUAGGCACCACCAUCUCUCUGUCCCUAGAGGGAAGCUCUCCGAGGCACCAGAAUCUCAAGGGCCUCCUCCAGAAUACCCCUAUGUCAUCCCUUCGCAGGAGGCACCAGGGGGUUACCUCCCAGACCCCAGGCAUCACUUCAGAGAAGGCCCAGCAUUUCAGCAUCCUGAGCUCAGAGUGAUGCAGGCCCAGAUACCCCAAGCUUACCUGCACCAUCAACAGGCUGCCCUGUGCCACAGUCCUCUGGGGUCUCUCACUCCUGCUGGGAUGGAGGCUCUUAUGUCAGCCCAGGCUGCUUCUGCCAGUAGCCACUUGUCCCAAAUGAAAGCCGUGUUGAUGGACAACGAGACGUUGCUGAGAGAGAACGAGAAGCUUCGCAGGGAAAACGAGAUGCUGCGGAGGGAAGUGGAAAACUACAGCGAAAAAGCCAGCUGCAUACAGAAGCUGGAAACAGAGAUUCAGCGAAUUUCAGAAGACUAUGAAAACCUAAUGAAGGCAUCUUCUAAGCGAGAGGCUUUGGAGAAGGCAAUGAGGAACAAGAAGGAUGGAGAGAUGCGGCGGUUGCAGGACUUCAACCGGGAUCUGAAAGAGAGGUUGGAAUCUGCAAACAAGCAGCUGGCCAGCCGGGCACAGGAAAACCAAGAAGGGAACCAAGGGACUAUGGCAAAACUUAUUGCCCAAAAUUAUGAGCACCAGCAGGAAAGGGAGAAGCUAGAGCAGGAGGUUGCACGGCUGCACAGCGCGAACGAUGACCAACGCCGGCGGGCAGAGCUGCUGGAACAGGCGCUGAGCAGUGCCCAGGCUCGGGCCGCCAAAACGGAGGACGAGCUGAGGAAGAAACGGGCGUAUGUGGAGAAAGUGGAGAGGCUGCAGCAGGCACUGGGCCAGCUCCAAGCCGCCUGCGAAAAACGCGAGCAGCUGGAACUGCGUCUCCGCACCCGGUUAGAGCAGGAGCUGAAGAUGAUGCGGGCUCAGCAGAGACAGAUGGGAGCCCCCAGUGGAGCAUCACCCGAGCUGAACCCCCACCUGCUCUCUGAGCAGCUGAGAGAAAGAGAAGAGAAGAUCUUGGCCCUGGAGGCUGAUAUGACCAAGUGGGAGCAAAAGUACCUGGAAGAGUGCACCAUGAGGCAGUUUGCCAUGGAUGCCGCUGCCACGGCAGCCGCACAGCGGGACACCACCAUCAUCAACCACUCUCCACACCACUCGCCCAACAGCAGCUUUGACGAGGACCUGCUGCUGGCAACCCACAAACAUCAGGAGAUGGAGAACAGGUUAAAAGUACUUCAUGCGCAAAUACUCGAGAAGGAUGCUGUCAUCAAAGUCUUGCAGCAGCGCUCUCGCAAGGACCCUAGCAAGGCUAAUCAGAGCUCCCUGCGGCCUGCCAAAUCUGUGCCUGCCAUCUUUGCCGCCUCUGGUACCCAGUAUUGGCCGGGUGCUUCUGUCAGCGAAAGUGGUUCCCGAGGAAGUCCAGCACCCAAAGCCUCAGUAGAAGCAGCCACCACAUCAGCUUGUGUGCCUCAUGCCUUCCAUGCCAAACGCGGCAGCAAAGAUGGGAGUACGCAGACGGAAGGCUUACCCGAGGGGACUCAAUGUGAUGAACCCCAGCUUGAAAGCAGCGCCAGCACUGGCAGUGCAGCACAUUCCCUAGAGAUUUUGCCAGCUGCUAAAGCCGUGGACUUGUCGGACAUGGUGGAGAUUCUCAUCUGAGGAACUGGGGAGUGGGAAUCCUCCGAGCACAUGACCAGAUCUUGCCACUCCUUAGCAGAUUGCUGCCUUAUCAGGGGACGGUAUCAAGAGAGCAAGGACCGAAGGAAGCCUUCAGCGAAUUAGGAUGGCGUGCAGGGCAAAGACCUUUCAAGAAGGACUUAGUGGAAAACCCCACGCUGAUCCUUUGAUUUUUCAGGCAUAGAGCUGUGGCAGCAGCAUACCUCUGUUUGGGUUGUGAGCAUUCACGGUUGCCCAGGCAGGUCUCUCCCUUCCACCUGUGGACUGAGCAGCAGCUGCAGCACCAUCAAUUGAGGCCAGUCCUUGCACAGAAGCAACUGCUCCAUGACUUUCUUAGCCACUGGUGUUCCCAAGAGAUGGGAAGGCAAACGGCGAAGCCAAGUGGGACUCUCGUGCUGCAGAGUGCAGGGCAGCAGCCGGGGGGGGGCAUGCUGGGGUUUGCCACCAAACGGGUUGAUACUCCUGAAUCACUGGGCUCCUGGCAGGUACCUGGACCUGAAGUGUAAGCUGUUGUAAGCAAAGAGUGUUUGCCUGGUGCUUGGUGUGGCUAGAACGAAUUCCUUGCACCUUCUCCCCUCCCCACUCCCCGCGCCCCCCUGUCCACCUUUCAGCUCCCAGGCAGAAAGACUGCUGCCGAUACUGGCGAUUGCUAGCAGUGUGUUCCCAUUGCCUGGGGGGGUAGCACAUGGCCUGUCACAGGUACUGGGGAAAGAGGAGGUGGGUCCCAUCUUUGUCUUUAUUUUUGUAAAUAACUUAUGUAAGAACAAGCCCAAAUAGUAAUCAACAUUUCAGCCACCGCCCCUCUGUUUGGCUCUUCCUGUCCGCUUUAUGAUAUCUGCAGUGGAUCUGCUUGAUCUCUCUCUUUGCUCCACAUCACUUGAACUAGUUUCCCCCCCACCCCUUGUUUUGUUUUCAGAAUUUCUCCAGUGUUUGCUUUUUCUUUUCCUCCAUUUCAUAUCCUGUUUGUCCGGAGUUAAAUAUCCGCCUUCAGAGUCCUUCAGAUUCCAUUUCCUUUGAAACAAUUUCCCAUGAUGCUUCAGACUGGAAUUUCCCUGCUCUUUGUUUGAACAGCAGCCACAAGCCAAGUGCUUCUCUUCCUGGAUUGCUGUUUCCAAGCUGUUGUCUUUUUUCUUUUUUUUUAAGGCAGAGGCAUCCCAUGUGGUAUAAAUCAGCACAGCUGUAUUGGAAUGAAUGGCCCUGAUCCCCAGUUUGUAGAAAACGUGCCAUUCCCAUCAGCAGAGAAUGCCAUUUGGUUGAAAGCAGGAUCAUGUUUUGGGCCUCUCACUGAUCUAAGGGAUGCUAAUUUGCAGGCGAAAAUCAUUUAGAAAUGAAUUGGAACUAUUUCAAGAGAGCGAGGGAAGUACGGUGCGGUAUGUGUGUGGGGGUUUGUGCUUGGAGCCUUGUGUGUUUAUGAAGUGGAGAAUGUGGCCAGCAGCUAGUAGUAGUUUUCUAAAAGAGAAAAAAGGCAUUUGUGGGAAUGAUGCGAGUGAAUAUGCAGAUUCUUUGUGUCACGAAUGUGCCUUUAAGAAAAAGUUCUGGACAAGGACUGAUUACUGGUAUAUCAUUUCUCUAGAACCACUCCAGAAUCUGCAGUACCACGCAGGGGCCUUUUACACUCCCCUGCCUACUGACAGCUGGCUUCUGGCAGUAGUCAGUUGCAAUAUUCACCAAACCUUGGUGCUUUCUUGAUUCUGCCUUCACACACCUUUGUCUCUGCUAAACGUGUGCAUUUGCUGGACAACUGCAUUUUUUUAAAAAAACAAAAAACAAAAACAUCCCCUUUCAUAUAAGUAUGUAAAAAGGUGUUCAGUUAUUGUGCAUUGUUUACAAAGUAAAACAAAAACAAAAACAAAGCAAAAAAGUUAUGAGAGAAAGAUACACAGCUUAAUAUAUUUUGCAUUAAUAUUGGUAUUCCUGUUUUAAGUAUUUUUGUGCUGUGAACUUUUUUCUGCCAAAGACAGUGAGGGGUGUUUUUUUCCCUUUAUUUUGGGUGCAUUUUAAGUUAUCUUAAGUAUUUAAACGUAAACCUGACCGUUUUAUUAUGCCGCCCUAUACCGAGAUUGCUGUAGCAUUCCACUUGGUAUAACAAUAUUUUAAUAAUAAAUAAAUAUUGUCUAAUAAACUGCAA